UCUUUUCCCCCCUGUUUUCUCUCCCCUUGCCUCCCGCACCGGACGUGCAACUUACGACCCACGACGAACGACGGCGACGCCACGACACUAAGCAGCAUCACUCCGGCGCUUCUGGUGCAGCGGCGACCCUCCCCUCCGGCGUGUUUCCAGACAACGUAUCAAAGCCCCAAACUUCUCUUCUCCCCUCCUUGGUUUUCGGACUUCUAUCGUUUCUUAGAGGACGUCAAAUUUUCAAGUUGGAAGUAGUAUCGUUACAUUGGACUUGUGACAAGUUACAGCCGAGCCCGACAACCAAAUAAUUGUGCGCAAACUGAGUCUUGAUAGUGUCUGCUAUAGAUAAAAGCUUGCAUAAUAUGUCGGACUCGGAAUCUGAACAAGUUGCAGGAAAAGAAGGCAUUGAAUGGAUAAUGAAUCUUCCAGAUGUGCCCAUGAAGCUCCCACCGCACCUAGAAAUGCAGAGGACCCGAGUCGAAUGCAAAGCCGAUGCUCCCAUUCAUACAGAUACCAUACAGUAUUCUGGAGCAUAUGCUUCGAUGGGUGUUGAUAACAGUUUACGACUGGAUUAUUUUCGCAACAACUUUAAAAUUGAAGUGAUUGAUUUAGGAGAGGAUGACAUUGAGUUCGACAUGAUCGGUAUUGACCCAGCACUCGCUAAUGCAUUUCGUAGAAUCCUUAUAGCUGAGGUUCCCACUAUGGCUAUUGAAAAAGUUCUUGUUGCUAACAAUACAUCAUUAAUCCAAGAUGAAGUGCUUGCCCAUAGGUUAGGCCUCAUUCCGAUUCAUGUUGAUCCAAGGCUUUUCGAGUACUCAGAUAAAGACACACCAAAUGAGAAGAAUACCAUUGUUUUUAGACUCCAUGCUCGCUGUGAACGUGGAAAACCUCGUCUUACAGUGACAUCAAAAUUAUUGACGUGGUUACCAAAUGGUAGUGAAUUUCCCUUGGUAUCAGACAAAUCAGUUCCAAACUCAAAACCCAAAACAUAUACUUCUUUUAGUUGCAGCCAAGACACACUACCAGAAUUUUCCAACAAUUCAAUUGGUCCAAAGGACAAUGAUAUUAUAAUUGCUAGACUUGGCCCGGGUCAGGAAAUUGAACUUGAAGCUCAUGCUGUUAAAGGUAUGGGUAAAACACACGCUAAGUGGUCCCCGGUGGCCACUGCUUGGUACAAGAUGCUUCCUGAGGUUGUACUUUCGGAGGAGAUAGAGGAUGAGUUGGCUGAAGAACUCAAAAAGAAAUGUCCUGUUGAUGUAUUUGACAUUGAAGACAUUGCUAAUGGUAAGAAAAGGGCAAUUGUAGCACGCCCCAGAUCUUGCACACUGUGUAGAGAAUGCAUAAGAGGAGAAGCAUGGGAGAAACGUGUCUCAUUGCGUCGUGUGAAGGAUCAUUUCAUUUUUAAGAUUGAAUCAACAGGAGCUUUACCUCCUGAGGUGCUGUUCACUGAAGCUGUAAAGAUUUUGGAAGAUAAGUGUGAACGUUUAAUUGCUGAGCUCUCUUGAUUCUUACCAUGGAUAACCAAAAGAGAUCAACAUGUACAUUAUUCCAUUAUAUUCAGAAGUCACCAAUUUUUGCAGUAUACGAGAUCUCUUGUUCUAUUUUUCCUUUGAAAAGACACUGGAAUAGUAAGUUUUGUUGAGCUCUCUUGAUUCCUCCUAAAUUUUAUGAAUGUCGGCUGGGAAGUGGUCAAAUAAGAGAACAGACAAAGAUUAUGUUAUUGUUUCAAUGGAAAUUUGAUAAUUUAUUGUCUUGGACAUGAAAA